GAUCUCUUGGGGACACAGGAUAUGUUCACUGAAUGUAGCUGAAAGGAAAGCUAACAAUACUCUCCUACAUAUACUGUUGCUUUUUUUCUCGCCCCCAGCUACCUCAAGCUGCGUCUUUAAUUUGGUUUAAACACUUAACGGGGAUCCAGCGUUAGUUGACUUUGCGAAAACAUGCUGAUUAAAGUGAAGACGCUCACUGGCAAGGAGAUCGAGAUUGACAUCGAGCCCACAGACAAGGUGGAGCGUAUAAAAGAGCGGGUUGAGGAGAAAGAGGGCAUCCCUCCCCAGCAGCAGCGGUUGAUCUACAGCGGCAAACAGAUGAAUGAUGAGAAAACGGCUGCAGACUACAAGAUCCUGGGUGGCUCUGUUCUCCACCUGGUUCUUGCACUAAGAGGAGGAGGGAACGUCCUUCGCCGGUGCAGAAGUCUCUCCUCCAAGUCUUCACUGUAGCCGUCAGUACCAGAUCUGCGCUAACCUCUGCAAUGCCUACACUGAUUGGAGACAUGGAACACCUAUAGCCACUGGUUGCUGAGUUGCCAAGCUUUAUUGUUGGAAACCAAGAGCCACUGAUAAAAAAAAAAAAGUAGUUGAGUCUGGUUGUAUUUAUAGCCACCAUGUUGUUGCCUUUCCCUGAAAGUAAGAAGUUUUGUCUUAAAUUAUCUAACAUUAAUCCCCCAAAACAUUGCCAUGGUAAGAUAUUAAAUAUUCCUAAAACAGACCGGCAGAACGUAAGUUUUUUUCGCAUGGGCCAUGGGAUAGGAAUCCAGAAGUAACGUGGCUGCCACUGAAAAGCGAAGUAGGUUGUUAACACAACCUCAGCAUCUUAUCGCAGGGAUCAUUUCUGUUCCACUGAGUAGCCCAAGUCAAGCCCACUGACGCAAAUUUGCGGUAACGGGCUACAAAUAAAAUUGACUUGGACUAGCAAGGGAGCAGAGAUGGUCACCGCUCCAUGGUCCUUUUUGAGGAAACUCAGCUCUGGAAUAAAUCAUUUUCCUUUCGGCACAAAUUCAAUUUCAGCUUUGCUGCUGCUCCUGUGUGGCAUCCUGUGGCCAGGGCCGUUUUCUGUUUUCAACUCUUUCAAGCAAAGUGUGCCCCCUGCCAGUAGCCAAGGCUUCAGUGAAUGCCUGUAUAUUUCUGUUUGGGAUCAUAUUUGAAAUAAUUUGGUUUUCACCUUCACCAUUGGGUUGGAUGUGCCCCGUACUUCAUUCAUAUGCAGCCUCUUGUUAGAAGUGCUAUGAGCUGGGUGUGCGCUGGUUCUGUAUGAUAAUGGGUCACAUGGCAGCGCGGUGAGUGAAUCUCAGUUUCCGUUAGACGGACUAAAGGCUGUAGCCCAUUGCUCGCGUAUUUCAAAUUUGCAGGAUGAAUGCAGAUUCACCCAAUUGGAUCAAGUCAAAACAUGGUUUCUGUUUUGUUGGGAAGUUCUUACAUUUUAAGGGAAUCGGUCUGAGUUUGUUAAUUUGUUUUCUGGAAACGAUCAUACUCGAUAUCUGUCCCUCACUAGCCCAGAGCUCCAUAUUGGUGGUGAUUCAAUGUUUACACUGUGUACAGAACAUGUUUUUUUUUUUUUUUGUUUCCUCCAGGAGAUUGACAAAUGUUGAGGAUUUGCUUGUCAGAAUAAACAUCUCAACACAUGCA